UGUCGAUAUGCCUUCCGUUCUUUGCAAAUCGACGGCAAGCAAAGCCUUUCUUGGAAUAUCCAAAGGCUUUACAGACGAAUUCGUAGUCGUAACGAGUAAACGCGAAGUAGAAGUCCUAAAUGUUGUAGAUCAGAGAUGCACUGCUGCUUGGGCUGUAGACAUGGACAGUUCACUGACAGCAGCUACUGUCUGCUGCGGAGACUGUUACUACACUGUCAGAGACGAUCGAGCUAUUUUGUGUUGGUCACCUGAUGCAACUUCAUUGCCUCGUCAAGUUUCUCUUACUUCCAUUCCAGUGUUCAACAUACAUGCAGUUCGUAGUAUCACCGAACCUCUAGUUGUCUUAGUGACUGGCACGGUGAAGUUUCUAAGUCAAUGUGCAAGCACCAGAUCGACAAGACACCAGCAAUCUCGACGGCAGUCAAAAUAUGACUGUUUGCUUCUGGCGUCAUGUGCUUGCGAAUGGCAGAUUGACGAUUUUGUUGCCGUCGUGGUCACAGUUAAGAAGUCUCGCACUGGUACCCUCCUAUUGUCCGUUUAUCAUGCCACCGAUUCAGUCUGCACGCUGUGGGUAGAAACCGUCGUCGCUAUACCACUGGAUUUAUCACAAUUUCAAAGUAUUUGUUUGUGUUGUGAAGACGGCAGACUGCAGUUGACGUCUGUGUGGAGUGAUUCAACAUUAUGGUGUCAGUUUCUUUCUGCUGAUGGUAGCUUUUCGAGGCCGUUACAGAUUAGUCGAUUCGUAGAAUCGUGCAGUGUAGACAAAGCUGACGUGUGCUCGUUAGGAUACUCUAGAUAUGCUGUAUUGGCUGUAGAAGAUUCGACCGACUUAUCAAAAUGUCAUAUCUCUAUCAUCGAUACGAAACAUAAUUGUGUGAGUGCGUCGACGUUGUUCGACUGCCCACAAACGGUAGACGACGAUAGUCGGGAUUUGCACCUGUGCCAGAUUGUGUUCAUUGGGAGCAACCUAGUGGCUUUAUGCAACUCUAGCAUUCUCACAAGUCGGUGUGAAAUCCGGUCUCCGUCAUUAGCGUCAGUCGUUGGUCAGCAGAGUAGCGGUGAUACGAAAUUGGUAACACCCCCGAUUUCCAUAUCAGGCGCAGUAUGGCUGACUGCCGGUAGUGAAAAAAUGGAGCGACUUUGUGUGAAAAAAUGGUAUGAAGAGCUGUUUGAUUGUGAGAAGACCCCAGAUGAUAAAUCCUUUGAUACAAAAUAUGCAGCGGGUAUGAAGCAGUCAGAAACAUCGACGAAAAAGAGAAAGAGUGUUAGAGGACCUUGUGAAGAAGAGACUGAAGCGGAGCGGCUGCAUUUGACAGAAGGUCAAUACAUGUUGAUGCAGACAGUGUUUCGUUGCAAGUGUGAUUCUAAGCUUUGGCCUCGUGAGUCCAUUCUGGAUAUGAUCGAGCACUUCUCGAUACCAUCAAGUCAGGAUUUACUGUUGCUUGCCAUCAAGCAUGACGAUGCUGCCAUUGUGACUACUGUGUUACUACAAUUUGAAGACAUUGAUGAAGUGGCUCUCAUUCGAUGUCUUGAAUACGUAUUGAGCCUUGACGAAACGGUUACUGUAGAAACAUCUAAGGGAAAAUCGUUAGGUCAACAAGAUUUGUUCAAUUUGAUCCUUGGGAAACCGAGGGACGACUUCAUGACUCAGAGUAGCCUGAAGUUACUUCCAUACUCACAAGUCUUGAGGAUGAUAAAGUUGCUAUCGGGUAUAUUGAAGAAGACGUCUCAGCUUCCUAUCGAGAACACUACAGGCCAUAAUGAAAUACAAAUAUCACAGGCAGAUGCAACUGACUGGAUUUCUUUCUUGAUCGACGCUCACUUUGCCCACCUCAUAUUAGAUCCCGAGGCCAACAAAUUACUAGUGAAACUGUACAAAACCGUUUCACGACAGGUUCAAUUCUCGGAACAACUGAAUCGUGUUGAUCAAUUGCUUCGGAAUAUUGUUGAGUUAAGAGCUGUUGAAAAGCGAACUUACAGCAGUCAAUACACUGUCGAGCUAUUGGAUGUAUAAUGAUACCAUAAUGUCUUCUAUAUCUAUACUAAUAACAUAGUGUCUUACCCAUGCUAAUGUGUUAGAAAAUAUUUCAUUGCUGCAGUAACAUACAAAUUUAGUACACAGUAAAGGAUUAGGGCGGGGCUAAUUGUUUGGCACGGUUCAGCGUGUACAAAAUGACGUGGCCUCGGUGUACCGACCAUAAAUGCAGUGUAAUACACAGUACA